CGAAGCAGUUCUGAGAAGAAAGAAAAGAACCGUGAAAGGCACGCAAAUCUCCGAGUCAAUGAAUUCCCACUCGCGCUCACAAUUCCUUUACGUGCGAGUUCCCGUGUCGUCGAGUCUCUCUGUGACGGCCUCGUCAUCGUCUCCUUGGUUCCAAAGGAAUAUGCCAUUGUUAUGUUCUUUAAUGCAGACAUUCUCAGAUGCAUACACCUUUUGAUACGCUUUCUUCUUCUAAAUAUUAUUUCCUUCACUGCUAGUCCUUUCUCUUCUUCUUUCUUUCUUUUCUUCCCGGUUCUUCUUUUCUGGACACUAUGGUUUCUGACAACAUCUCUGUUGGUUUAUUAGAUAACUUCAAAAUGAAGAGGGUUCGAACCAUCUUCACUCACACGUAUCCUUAUCCUCAUGAACAUUCACGGCAUGCUAUUAUUGCGGUGGUGGUUGGUUGCUUAUUUUUUAUAUCUUCCGACAACAUGCACACUCUCAUCGACAAAUUGGAUCAGAAUAUCAAAUGGUGGUCUAUAUACUCAUGUUUGCUUGGUUUCUUUUAUUUCUUUUCAUCACCAUUUAUUGGGAAGACCAUUAAGCCCAGUUAUUCAAAUUUCAGUCGGUGGUACAUAGCCUGGAUUUUAGUGGCAGCUGUGUAUCAUCUUCCAAGUUUUCAGUCAAUGGGAGUGGAUAUAAGGAUGAACCUUUCAAUGUUCAUAACGAUAUAUAUCUCUUCCAUUCUGUUUCUUACAGUAUUUCAUAUUCUCUUUAUUGGCCUCUGGUACGUUGGUCUGGUCUCACGUGUUGCUGGAAAGAGGCCUGAAAUUUUGGCAAUUUUUCAGAAUUGUGCCGUCAUAAGUAUAGCCUGCUGUGUGUUUUACAGUCACUGUGGCAAUCAUGGUGUUUUGAAAGACAGAACACUUCAGCAGAGAACCUCCAAUUGGUUUCCUUUCUGGAAAAAAGAAGAACGAAACACCUGGCUCGCAAAAUUUCUUCGUGUAAAUGAAUUGAAGGAUCAGGUGUGCUCGUCUUGGUUUGCCCCUGUUGGGUCUGCAAGUGAUUACCCACUUUUGUCUAAGUGGGUAAUUUAUAGCGAGUUAGCUUGCAAUGGCUCAUGUGCUGGUCCAUCUGAUGGUAUUUCACCCAUAUACUCACUCUGGGCUACUUUCAUUGGUCUUUACAUUGCGAACUAUGUGGUGGAACGGUCAACAGGGUGGGCUCUUUCGCAUCCUUUAUCUGUUAAAGAAUAUGAAAAGCUGAAGAGAAAGCAAAUGAAGCCUGAUUUCCUUGACAUGGUUCCUUGGUAUUCAGGAACUUCUGCUGAUUUAUUCAAGACUGUUUUUGACCUACUUGUUUCAGUGACUGUCUUUGUUGGUCGAUUUGACAUGCGCAUGAUGCAGGCAGCAAUGCGCAAGCUUGAAGAUGGAGCUCAACAGGAUGGUUUAUUAUACGAUCACUAUAGUGAAAGGGAUGACUUAUGGUUUGAUUUCAUGGCUGAUACUGGGGAUGGUGGGAAUUCAUCUUAUAGUGUUGCACGUCUGCUUGCUCAACCUUCCAUUCGUAUAGUUGAAGAUGAUUCAGUUUUCAACUUACCACGUGGAGACAUGUUACUCAUAGGGGGGGAUCUCGCAUAUCCUAAUCCAUCAGCAUUCACAUAUGAAAGACGUCUCUUUUGUCCUUUCGAAUAUGCUCUUCAACCUCCGCCUUGGUAUAAAGCAGACCAUAUAGCAGUGAAGAAGCCUGAGUUACCUCAUUGGAUGUCUGAACUGAAGCAAUAUGAUGGACCUCAGUGUUAUGUAAUUCCUGGAAAUCAUGAUUGGUUCGAUGGACUUCAUACCUAUAUGAGAUACAUAUGUCAUAAGAGCUGGUUGGGUGGUUGGUUUAUGCCUCAGAAGAAGAGCUAUUUUGCGCUGAAACUUCCUAAAAGAUGGUGGGUAUUUGGUUUGGAUCUAGCACUCCAUGGUGAUAUUGAUGUCUACCAAUUCAAAUUCUUUUCAGAACUUGUGCAGGAAAAGAUGGGAGCUGAUGACUCGGUGAUCAUCAUGACUCAUGAACCAAAUUGGUUGCUUGACUGUUACUGGAAGGAUGUUUCUGGGAAGAAUGUCUCGCACCUAAUAUGUGAUUAUCUCAAAGGGAGGUGUAAACUUCGUAUUGCUGGAGACCUGCAUCAUUAUAUGCGCCAUUCUGCUGUUAAAUCAGACGAGUCUGUAAAUGUGCACCAUCUUCUUGUAAAUGGCUGUGGUGGGGCUUUUUUACACCCAACCCAUGUCUUUAGUAAUUUUCGAAAAUUUUGUGGGUCUACAUACGAGUGCAAGGCUGCCUAUCCUUCCUUUGAAGAUUCUGGCCGGAUUGCUUUAGGAAAUAUUUUGAAGUUCCGGAAGAAAAAUUGGCAAUUUGAUUUCAUUGGUGGCAUCAUAUACUUUAUAUUGGUCUUUUCUAUGUUCCCACAGUGUAAGCUUGAUCACAUCUUGCAAGAAGAUUCAUUUUCGGGUCACGUGAAGAGUUUCUUUGGCACCGUGUGGAAUGCUUUUCUGUACAUGCUGGGAGAGUCAUAUGUAUCUUUAGCUGGUGCUAUUGUAUUAUUGAUUGUAGCAGUAACAUUUAUUCCUAGCAAAGCAUCCAAGAAGAAACGGGUAAUAAUUGGGCUUCUUCAUGUUUCUGCACAUCUUGCUGCAGCGCUUUUUCUUAUGUUGCUAUUGGAACUGGGAUUGGAGACAUGCAUCCGUCAUGAAUUACUAGCAACAUCAGGCUAUCACACUUUGUAUGAAUGGUACCGUACAAAGGAAGGCGAGCACUUUCCUGAUCCGACUGGUCUUCGCGCCCGAUUAGAAGAAUGGACAUAUGGCCUAUAUCCAGCCUGUAUAAAAUAUCUUAUGUCUGCAUUUGAUAUACCCGAGGUCAUGGCUGUCUCACGUAGUAAUAUUUGCAAGAAUGGAAUGGAUUCACUUUCCCGGGGAGGUGCUAUGAUAUAUUAUGGGUCCGUCUUCUUUUAUUUCUGGGUUUUCUCGACACCGGUCGUCUCCUUCGUUUUUGGAAGCUAUUUAUACAUAUGUAUUAAUUGGCUCCACAUUCACUUUGAUGAAGCAUUCUCUUCACUAAGAAUUGCAAAUUAUAAGUCAUUCACUCGGUUUCACAUCAACCGUGAUGGUGAUCUCGAAGUUUUUACUCUUGCUGUUGACAAGGUUCCGAAAGAAUGGAAGUUGGAUUCCAAGUGGGAAGGGGAGGCAAGAGAAAUGGAAGGUGAUCAGAAGAUGAGUCACCAGAGGUCGUUUCCAAGCAAGUGGAAGGCGGCUGCACCGCAUCAGGAUCCAGUGCACACCGUUAAGAUUGUCGAUCAGUUUGUUAUUAGACAAGGAAGAGGUAAUGAUAGAUUUGGAGAUGCCAAUGGGUCAGAAAUUCACUGACCUAAGUUUUAACUAUAGUUUUAGUAGUAUUUGAUACAAGUAUUUUAGGGUAGCAAUUUUAAAGCCAGAAAUUGAUAUGCUCUGUACAGUGAUUGAUUUAACCUUUUAGUGUUCUGAUCCCCAAAAAGCGAUUCCAUAACAAAUGGUUGCAUUCCCAAUGGUAGAAAAAAAAUGAAGCCAUUUUAUGUUUGCUACAA